AUGUCAAGUAUGACACUAUCAAUUAAAGAUCUUUCCCGUUUGAUGCCUAUUUUGAAAAAUAGACAUGAGAAAGUGCAAAAAUCUUGUAUUGAUCUUAUAGGCUGUAUUGCUAAUCUUAGUGCAGAAUUUGUUAGUGCAAGAGAAUAG